GUACAGAUUGUUUGAGGUUAGUGACAGCAUUUGGUUAAAAUUAAGGUUAUUUAUGAUUAUUUGAUUAUUCUGAUGGAAAAGAAAACAAAAUGAACUUCUGGAACGUGAAAGACUUAUCAUUACCCCCAAUCAAUACAUACAAAUGUUCAAAUAAAGACAUAGAUCUGAAUUACCUUCAUGAAAUAUGUCAAGAACUCAAGGCCUUUCUCGAAAACAAAUAUAUGCGAGCCGAAUUCUUAGUGUUGUCAAGAAUAAUAUAUCGCAUGAAACAAAAAUUUCGAUCUGCGAAGGACUUUAAGGCAUUAGAGAAACUGAAUAAAGCUUUAGAAAUUCUUUUCAAAUUGGAUAUUCAGAAUGAUGUUACAACAUUCAUGGAACUCAUACCACCGAGAUAUAAGGAUGAAACUUAUUUACCAACUAAGAACAUGUUAGACUAUCUACUGGUUCGAUUCCAAGGAUUAACAAAAUUGAUGGAGCGUAUUGUGGAAACUUGUAAAAUCUCAGCUUUUUUAUUAAGUAUGAGAAUGAAAACUGGACACUUUUGGAGGGUUGGCUUUAUCAGUUUUGCUUUAGUAUCGAGGGUGUAUAUUCUCGCAAAAUUCAAUACAAACCGAAUCUGUGAGUUUUAUAGGAAACUUCUACCUUUUUCUAAUAAACUUCAAAAUUUGGGUAAAAAUUGGUUGCCCCUUGGAUAUAUGUUACCAAAGGAUCUUAAAGAAUGGAUGAAUGUUUCCUGGUUGGACUUUGAUGAUGUGGUGCAGAUAAUUGAAACACCUGAAAUUUCAGAUAUUAUGAAGUUUUUUGAUUUAGUUGAGAAUGAAGAUGAUGAUGUUGAAUUUUGUGAUGAAUAUAUUAUGAUUGGUGAUUCAGAAGUAGACAAAUGUUUCAAAAAUCUUCAAAAGCCAGUUUUACUCAAUAGAAAUAUUGUGGGCCCAAAAGAAUUUCGAGGUUUUAAUUGUAAUGAAGAUAUUGGAGAAAUUAUUGAAAUAAAAGACCCUAAGGUAGUAAAUGGUAACUGUGAUAUCUCAAAUAAUGAAAAUGAUGUUAUAUAUUUAUCUGACAAUUCGGUGGAGUUUGUUGGUGGUCAAAUAGAAAGGAAAAACAGGGAUGAAUUGAAAGUGAUUCCUUCAUUAUCAUCAACAAAAAAAAUGAAAAAACAAAAAAAUAGAAGGAAAAACAACGACAGUAGUCUAGCAGAAAAUUUAAUACAUUUUGAAACUGAUACAGAUUGCAUGCUAGUUUCAAAUGAAACAAGAGAAUAUAAUGUUGAAAACCAAUUGUUUGUAAAUAAAACUAAGACUGUUCAAACAUCCAGUGAACAAAAAAAUAAUAUUGAUGUUAAAAAGAGGAAAAGUAAAAUUAAACAAAACAGAAAUGUCAAAAAAAUAAAGCUAGAUGUGGAGACUACAAGGAGAGAAAACAGUUUUCGAAAUAAAUCUGUUGAUCUAGAAGACCCAAUGAAAGUAAGAACGAGGAUUGAAAAAGAGAUUACUGGUAAACAAUUAAAAAAGAACGAUGUUGGAGGAAUAUCUGACAUAUCAGAAUCAAACAUAGAACAAAAGACAAUAAUCAAGAAUGAAUUGGAAACUAUAAAGAUUCCUGAUAUGCCAUUAAGGAAAAAAGUUACAUCAAAACUGAAGAAACAGAAAACUAGAAGAAAAAACAAAGAAAAUUCCCAAACUGAAAAUUCAAUACAUUUUGAAGCUGAUACAAACGGCAUGUUAGUGUUGAAUAAGAUAAAGGAAUAUAAUAAAGAAGACAAUAUAUUUUCAAGUGAAAUCAAAACUGUUCAGACAUCAAGUGAACAAAACAAUAGUGUUGAAAAAAGAAAAAAGUAUAAAAUCCACAAAAAUAAAAAUGUAAUGAAGAUGAAAUUAGAUUUUGAGACUCCAGGAACAGAAUACCCCAAACAAAUUGAUGUAGAAGACCUGAUGAAAGUGAAUCAGAGGAUUGAUCAAAAAGAUAUUAUUAGUAAACAUUUGGAAGAACAUGUUGACAUUAGUAUAACACCUGACAUAUCAAAAUUAAAAAAAGAACAGAAAACCAAAGCCAAUAAGAACUUUUUGUCUCAUAAAGUUAAGAAGAAACUGAAAAAAUUAGAUAAAUAUAAAAAAAGAAUUAUAUGAAAAUGUUAAA